AGCAAUAUACCAGUUUAACAUGGUAUCAGCCGCCAGGUCUUAAUCCAGACCUACGGUAACCCCUUUCAUCCGUCUUCCAUGGCCGACUCAGAUUCAAACUCCGAUGAGGCUACCUCGUCGGCUAUUCUUGCUGAGCUGACGACGAAAAUGACGGAAGCUCUGAACCGUGCUUCAGCCCCGUCACAAAAUAGUUCUGACCAUGCGGUGGCACCGAUUGGCAUCAAGUUAGAUGGCAACAACUAUCCCCUUUGGUCCCAGGUGGUCGAGAUGCAUAUCUCGGGCAAAGACAAACUGGGAUAUAUCAAUGGAGAUCUGCCGCAACCUCCGCAAACAGACCCUACCUUUCGACGUUGGCGGACUGACAACGCGAUUGUUAAGGGAUGGAUAAUCAACUCGAUGGACCCUUCUCUAAUCAGCAACUUUAUUCGAUUCUCCACUGCCAAGCUGGUGUGGGAUGCUAUUGCAACCACAUACUUUGACGGUAGCGAUACCUCCCAGGUGUAUGAGCUUCGACGACGGGUGACACGUCUUAAACAAGCCGGUGGUUCUCUUGAAAAAUAUUACAACGAUCUCCAAGGACUUUGGCGUGAGAUAGAUUUUCGUCGACCAAACCCGAUGACUUGUCAAGUUGAUAUCCAACACUACAAUACACUUGUCCAAGAAGAACGAGUGUAUGUGUUUUUGGAUGGACUUGAUGACCGCUUGGAUAAUAUCAGAAGCGAUGUGUUACAAAUGAAACCAUUUCCAACAGUGGAGCAAGCAUAUGCACAAGUUAGAAGGGAAGCUCUUCGACAGGCAGUGAUGACAGACAACUCAAAUGAAUUAUCGGGAGCAGUUCUCGCAUCUAAGGGUCUCAAGUUACAGAGCAGCAAGAUAUUCUCUCAACCCAAGCAUAAAGAAGCAUCGGAUGGCACUAAAUGUUCUCAUUGUGGAGGUAACAAACAUACUCGUGAUACCUGUUUUAAGCUUAAUGGCUAUCCAGAUUGGUGGACAGACUUUCAGGCUCGAAAGCGUCGCGAUACAACUGAUAGCAACCCGGGAAAAGCAGCAGUAGCUACUGCUGAGCCACAUCUUUCCCUCAUUCCAAAAUCAAGCUCUCACUCCACUGAAGGAUAUUCUCACGAAGGAGAUCAUUGGGCGUGGUACUAAGAGGGGGGGACUUUACUAUAUGGAGGAUUUUAGUGUAGGUCGAGCGCAUCACAUGCAUUAUCCAAGAAACAACAAAAUGGAGCA